AUGAAGAUAGAUGAGGAUCUUGGUUUAGAUCGAGAAGAUGCAUUCCAAACAGACGACGAAGAAAAUCGAGCUGAAAGGGUAUGUUGUCACGUUGAGGAUGACACAGAAUCUGAUUUCACUUUCCCUUCCCGAAAUUCCUCCAAUAAUUGCAUUGGAGCCAACAAUUCCAAAUGGCCUCAAAGUUACAGGAAAUCAAUGGAUAUGCUUAAAGGUACUACGCCGCAGUCGCUUAGUUUCUUAAAGAGAAGUGGUGCAACAGGAUCAAUGGGCAGUUCCAGCUGUAACAAUGAUGAGUCUUCCCUGGGUACUCCACUCAUUUUUGAUACCAUUUUAGAUGAAGAAGUGCAUACCCCUAUUCUCCUAACUUCAGAGCAAAGUGUUUCUGUCAAUGGAUCAAUACCAUCAGAGAAGCAGUGUUCAUUUACCCAAGCACUUAUUAAUGGAAUCAAUGUUCUGUCCGGCAUAGGACUCCUUACAACUCCUUAUGCAGUGAAAGAAGGAGGGUGGUUAAGCCUCACAUUACUCAUAAUAUUUGGUAUCAUUGCUUGUUAUACUGGGGUUUUAUUAAAAAGAUGUUUAGAAAGCUCUCCUGGUCUACAAACUUAUCCUGAUAUCGGACAGGCCGCUUUCGGUGUAGCCGGUCGCUUAAUGAUAUCUGUGAUUUUGUAUGCAGAAUUAUAUGCGGCGUGUGUGGAGUACGUAAUAAUGAUGAGUGAUAACCUUUCGAUGAUUUUCCCGACCACCAACAUACAUUUUGCGGAAAUAUAUCUGGAUGCUCCUCAAGUAUUUGCUAUCAUAGGAACUCUCAUUAUUCUCCCAACUGUUUGGCUUCGAGACCUUAGCUUGCUCUCAUACAUUUCAGUUGGUGGAGUUGGGGCAUCAAUCUUAAUGGUGCUUUGCUUGUUAUGGGUUGGAGUCGAUCAGGUCGGGUUUCAUCGAGGUGGAACUGCUGUUAACCUUGCAAACCUUCCCAUCUCAGUAGGAAUAUACAGCUUCUGCUAUGCCGGCCAUUCCGUUUUUCCAAAUAUAUAUUCUUCCAUGAGAGAGCCCUCACUUUUUCCUUUUGUUCUUAUAGGCAGCUUUAUGUUUUGUUGGACCGUUUGCACAGGAGUAGCUAUCUCUGGCUUUCUCAUAUUUGGUGAUUCAGUUGAAUCUCAAUUUACUCUAAACAUGCCCAUGAAAUUCUUGGCCUCGAAAAUCGCAGUCUGCACUGUGGUUAUCAUAACGGUAUCAAAAUAUGCCUUGACACUUACGCCCAUUGCUUUGAGUCUAGAAGAACUUGUAUCCUCCACAUGGUUUAGAUCUUAUGGUGUUUCUAUACUCAUAAGAACAGCUUUAGUGAUUUCAACUUUAGUGGUUGCAAUGACGGUUCCCUUUUUUGCUUUUGUGAUGGCAUUGGCAGGAUCUUUGCUUGCAAUGCUGAUUACUAUCAUCUUUCCAUGUGCCUGUUAUCUCAGCAUACUUGGCGAUAGAUUAAACAAGUUACAAAUAACAGCCUGCAUUUGCAUUGCUGUUCUAGGACUGGUAAUCGCUUGUCUUGGUACAUAUUCUUCGAUCAUAAGAAUAGUUGGCCGACUCGAUUGAUCAAAGGGGGAGGGGGGGGCAUUGCAUACUUUGCCUUCUGCCAUUUGUUUAGAUGAUGGAUAUAUCUAUAUCUAUAAAUCAUGAGUAAAUUCCCAUCAAUAGUACUGACUUUACCACUUAACAGUUCUAUCAGCUUGUAGCUAGACAUGACCAGGCCUGUUCCUGAGUCUUUUUAUGACAGGAAAAUUACUUACUAUUUUUUGAGGGAUCUUCAGUUACUGGUUCAUGUAUCAGCGCAACAAUGGCAGUUUGAUUAUUUGGGUCACUAGCCUUGUCACUGCUUACCAGAUCUUCCAAGUUGCAACUUUCAUUUGGGGGCCAAUGGAGUAUGUAAAUCUCAUUAAAUUAUUCUAGCAUCAGAUUUGCUGAUAAUCAUCAACAAAAAUCCUAUCUAUAUUGUAUUUUGUUAUAACAGACACUGA